GCAGGACAGGUUCGCCGACGUCACUGGGCUCUGCUGGAAUGGAGAGGACGUGCCGGGAUUCGUGCGUGGGAAUGUAAAUAGACGUCGCGUGCGGCGGAGCGGCUGGAGAGAUGCGCCUGCACACAAAGAGCUAACGGGGCCUGCGGCGGGACCUGUGCUGCCUGAGAAACGCUGCAGUUUUAAACUGCCCUCCCCGGGCCUUCAUGGAACUCGCAGACCGAGGCUGAACCCCCCACCUUUUUUAAUUUUUGACGGACACCGCGCAGGCCAUGGGGCUUCUAUUCGCCAAACUUUCGAGUUUCUUCUGUAACCAAGAACAUAAAGUGAUCAUCGUCGGGCUGGACAACGCGGGCAAGACCACCAUCCUCUACCAGUUCCUGAUGAAUGAAGUCGUCCACACGUCACCGACGAUCGGGAGCAACGUGGAAGAGAUUGUGGUGAAGAACACUCACUUCCUAAUGUGGGACAUCGGGGGGCAAGACUCCCUGCGGGCUUCGUGGAACACGUACUACUCCAACACCGAGUUCAUCAUCCUGGUGGUCGACAGCACUGACCGCGAGCGCCUGACCAUCUCCAAGGAGGAGCUCUACCGCAUGCUGGCACACGAGGACCUGCGGAAGGCGGCCGUUCUCAUCUUUGCCAACAAGCAGGACAAGAAGGGCUGCAUGUCGGCCGCUGAGAUCUCCAAGUCGCUGACCCUGAGCUCCAUCAGAGACCACCCUUGGCACAUUCAGUCGUGCUGCGCGCUGACCGGAGAGGGUUUGUGCCAAGGCCUGGAGUGGAUGACGUCGAGAGUCGGAGUGAGAUAGCCGGCCUGGAGACCCCCGUCGUUCUGGGACCGGCUUGUCACCUCCUUGCAGAAGCCCCUCGGUGGGCGGUCAGUUUGGACUUUGGACCUGGUGCUACUCACAGGUGACCCCCAAAGGGGCUGCGUGUGAUUCUUUUUUUUUGUUUCACAGACUGCACAUUUUGGGCCCCGGCCCCCCGUAGCGAGACUCUGUUUUUAUGCUAACUUAGGACUUCGGCUGGAGAGUCGCUCUGAGCAAAGCGCCCUGGUGGGCUUCUCUGUGGCUUUGGGAUUUAUGGAUUUGGGCUUAACUGAAAUAAAGGGGGACAAAAAGAAGGGACACCGAG